UGAAGUACACGUCGGCGAGUGAUGUGUGGAGCUAUGGCAUACUCAUGUGGGAGGUGUUCGCACUCGGCAUCGUGCCCUACCCGGGCAUGAGCAACAACGAAGCGCGCGACUUCAUAGAGAAAGCUAUGGCAUACUCAUGUGGGGAGGUGUUCCGCACCUGGCAUGUGCCCUACCGGGCAUGA